AUGUCAGCUAUAUUACCAUUCACAGAAGCCAAUAGUAAAAGAGUUGCCUCUUUAUUCAGAAAGGCCUUGAGAACUGCCUUUGAUUCUACUUAUAAAUUUGAAGUUUAUCGUGCUGAAACCAUUAAAAUAAGACAACAAAUUGAAGUUAAUAAACAUAUUAGUGAUCCAAUUGAAUUACAAGAAGCCAUUGGUAAAUUCGAAGCUAAAUUAGCUGAAUUCAAACAUCCUGAUCCUUAUGUGGCUCCAUCUCGUCCAGGUGGUUCUAAAUAUCAAAGAAAUAUUCCAGUUGAAAGAGAACCUUUGGUUCCAGGUGAUUGGUAA